CUCGAAGACCUGGUCAGCCAGCGAGACAACGAAAGGAGAAUGAGUCCUACAGACAAAUGUGGACUGUUCAGCUCGUACAGAGCGACUACUGAGGUGCAGAUCGUGGAAAGGGGCUGCUACUGAUCGUGAUAUGCAGCUGCCGGAGUGAAUUGGAGGGGACAUAAGUCGGCCACGCUUUCUCUUCAUUUCGCUUCACUUUAUUUGACGCAUAUCUGAUGAUGUCUGAGUGUCUCAAGUUUUAAAAACCUUUCCUCCUCCGAUCGAGAUACGAUAUCCAGUUUUUUAACCGCCAGAUGACAUCAUUCCCGCCAGGAGCUCUUUCGCUCUUUUCAGUUGAGCACAUCUCGAGUUGCGGGGAGAGAGAGAGAGAGGGAGGGAGGAGAUAUGCGCAUAAAACUCAUGACACAUGCUGUCAGUGGGUGCUGCUCUCUGUUGUGCAAAAGUUGCAACAACAUCGAUGAAAGUCUGUAGAGCUUUGGUCCGACACACCUCGACACGUUCUAUUUACAAGUUUCCUAUUUGCGUGUUUUUAAAGGAUCACUCAUCACGGACGAAAAAUCUACCCACGGAUCAAUGCACAUGCGACAAGUGGCUCCAACGACGGCUCAAAGUUCAAAGUUCCAGACCCCGGGCAGAUGAAGAUGCUGGAGGACUAGAGAAUUGCAGCUCCGGCCAUUUUUUAAGCUCCGAGGAAUGUCACAGGGGUUACACAGUCAGCUUAGCACGUUCUGGACAUGAGGUACAAGAAGAUUUGAUUCACAAUGUCAUAUUCGUGUUCUGCUGAAAAGGUAAAGCGAUAUAGCCCAACGAGCUUCACUCAUGGCGUUUGGUGAGUUUUGGCAGCUGACAAGGAGUUUUUAAACAUAAAGGCUAAUCACCAUGUUUCCAAAUAGCAUACUUUCUCGUUGUACGAGUCCAGCGGUCCAGUGAACACUACUCUAAGCUCUAGAACCUACCCCAAUCUCUUAUCAUGCACAUCAGUGCUAUUAAUAUCCGGAAUUAUUUAACUUCUCAUUCGAGUUGAAACUUUUUGCCAAAAUUCUUUCCUCCUUCCGAAUUGGUGCCUGGAUUGCUCCAUUCAUAGCAUUCACCCAAUUUUCUGAUUCGCUAUUGAUGCGCUUCGGCCGAUUCGUUUAUCCGAUGCAGGUUUUCCUCUUAAGUCUCAAAUAGGAAUGAUUAUGCAGUCUUCCAUUGAGUUGUUCUAAACUGAAUGGCCAGGCCAAUGCUGUGAGUUCUUUAUUCGCGAGGGGGUGGGGCAUUUUUGAAUUCACUGGCUGAUAUGAAUUCGUGUAAUCAAUGGCUGUCGAUUAAGAAUGUUAACUGGG